UAUCGCGUUUAGUAUAUCCAGUCAACAGGAAAAAACUUAUUAAAUUUUUCGUAGUUUUAAGUGUCAUUAAAUAAAUCAAUUCAUCACAAUUCACAACUUUAGGCUAGAGAGCACAUAAAAAGCCCAUCAUAAAUCACUGGAACGCAUAAAAAUCGUGAAAAUUUGACUGAGAAAAAAUAAAUUGGUCAGAGCAAUUAAAACAACUUUUUUUCAUUUUUCGUGAAAAGUCAAAUAAAAAAUUACAUUUAUUCACCAUAAACCCUACUGAAAUGACUUGAAAAGGCAUUGUGAUGUAAAGAAGUGAAAUAAUUUAAUGGAAAUGAGCAUAAAUGUAUGAGAUAAAUUGGAUGAGAGGAAAGGAAAAAUUUUGAUACCGCGAGCGAGCCAAUAAAAAAAAGAGUUAAAUCGAAUCUUUUUUUUUCGGCUGAAUCUUUCAACAUUUAUUAGCUAUACUCUACAUAUUAUUUCUUUAAAUUAAUUAAACAAUAUUGAGCAUAUUUAAAAAAACGGAGCAUAAGGAUACAUAAUUAUAGUGUAAAGAACUAGUUAAGAUAUUUAUUACUGUAUUGAGGAGUAAGAAGGACUCACCUUAUAACAUAGAAUCUAUAUAGUAGUGUAGAAUAUUGUGAAAAAAAAAUAAUAAUAAUCAAAAGGAUGUGAUGGACAUGUUCACUUGUUGUUCCAUAUUAUUUUAGAUGUGAUUGAGAAAGUUUCAAAGAAAACGGCAGCAUUGAGAAAGGACGACAUCCUUUUUCAAGCAACGAUAAACGCAAAAUAUACACAGAAUUUUUGUGAGUGAGACAGUCGUGUAAAAAGUUAUAAAAAUUAGUGAAAAGCGUACAAAAAAAGCAAAAAUUCAGAAUACUGGAAAUAUGUUAGGUAUAUCACGGCGUGGCGUGACUUCGGGUCCGCCACUUAGCAUGGAUGAGCCUGGGAAUAAUUGGAAAGGUAAUGGUCAGGGGAAUGAUGCACAAAAUUCAAAUAGUUUUGGUGGAGGACCAGUAUUUCCACAAUCAAAUCAAGGCUCUCCAGCAGGAAAUAUGCCAAAUAAUUUCCAAGGACCUCCACCUGGCUCAAACACGCCACAAUAUACAGCAUCACCAGCUCCAUCAGGAUCUUCAACUCCCGGGCCACCUAAUUCAUCAGGAUUUCCACCUCCACCUCAACAAAAUUCACAAGGACCCCCAUUUAAUGGACCUGCAAGCAGUGGAUUUGGUUCUCCUUCAAGUAAUGGACCACAAUUCGGUCGACCUGGAAGUUCAGGUCCAGCUUUUGGUCCACAAUUCGGUCCUGGUCCUAAUAAUUUCGUUGGGGGACCUCCAUUUCCUCCAAUGGCACCAUCAGCAUCAUUUCACGGACCAGGAGGUCAUCAAGGACAUCCAAUGGGUAAUUCAUUAGGUGGUCCAGGACAUCAUAUGAUGAGUGGACCAGAUAGACUCGAUCCAAGGUUUCACAUUUCUAGCGGACUAAAUGUAGGGAGAAGGCAUUCUUAUUUUGGUCAACCUGACUAUAGAAUAUAUGAGCUCAACAAACGACUACAACAAAGAACAGAAGAAAGUGACAAUUGUUGGUGGGACUCGUUCGCAAAUGAAUUCUUCGAGGACGAUGCACAAUUAACAUUAACAUUUUGUCUUGAAGAUGGUCCUAAAAGAUACACAAUUGGUCGAACUUUAAUACCGCGCUACUUUAGAAGUAUUUUUGAAGGAGGUGUCACCGAACUUUAUUAUAAUUUAAAACACUCAAAAGAGAGCUUUCAUAAUACGUCAAUAACAUUAGAUUGUGAACAAUGCACGAUGGUAACUCAUCAUACAAAACCAAUUUACACAAAAGUAUGCACCGAAGGACGUUUGGUAUUAGAGUUUACAUUUGACGAUCUCAUGCGAAUAAAAACUUGGCACAUGGCUGUACGAGCGCAUCGCGAGCUAUUGCCACGUAACAUAGUAGGCAUGCACAUACAUCCAGCAUCAAAUUCUGAUCCAGGGAUGCUAGAACAACUCUCGAAAAAUAUUACACGACAGGGCAUUACCAAUUUUACAUUAAAUUAUCUUCGCUUAUGCGUGAUUCUCGAACCUAUGCAAGAGCUAAUGUCACGGCACAAAGCAUACUCGCUAAGUCCACGUGAUUGCUUGAAAACAACACUGUUCCAGAAAUGGCAGCGCAUGGUAGCACCGCCCGGUAAGAGAGAAAAUUCUAUUAAAGAUGCUCAAAGGCCGUCGAAUAAGCGUCGGAAAAGAAAAGGAUCGAGUGGAGCAGUUGCGAAUUCAACGCCACCAGUUCCAAAUAAGAAGAGAUCACCAGGACCAAACUUUUCAUUAGCAUCGCAGGUAGAUGUUAUGGUGGUGGGUGAGCCUUCGCUGAUGGGAGGUGAAUUUGGUGAUGAGGAUGAGCGCCUAAUAACGCGAUUAGAGAAUACACAAUAUGAUGGAACCAAUUCACUGGAUCAUGAUAAUCAUGGAUUUGGACAUGCUGAAUCACCGUUAUCGAAUGCAAAUUCAUGGGUCGAUAGAGGCGGCGGAAGUGGAAUGAAUCCCCAAAAUAAUUCACAAGCACCAGCAGAAGAUAAGAAAAGUCCAUUAGUGCCGCAGUGAUGCAGUGAUUAUUGCCGCAGUAACAAUUCUACAAGAUUUACAAUAAAUUGACGUGUGUACGAAAAAAAAACAGAAUAUGAGAUAAAUGAUCAUGAUGAUGGUGUAUAAGACAAACAGAUUUCGAGUGUGAGUGUAUGAAUGGAAAUUACUGUUUUAAGAAGAAACAAAAAUAUAAUGCAUGAUAAGAACAAUUGGAUACAAAAAAAAAAAAUUGAUAGCAAAAAAUUUAUUUUCACAAAGAAUUUUUUUGAGUGCAUUUAAGAAAUCUCACAGUCGAUAUCUCUACGGAUGCAUUCGAGAAGUUAAAGUAGAUCAUCUUAAAACACAUUUUUUCAUUUGAUAAAAAAGAAGAAAAUUGAUGAAAAUUUUAUAUGUUGUGUAAAUAAGUAUAAUAUUGCCCAUGUAGCCUCUUUAAAAAAAAUCUCUUUUUUUGAAUGUGAACGAAUGAGAACUUUGUGUGCUAUUGUCAUUAAGUUUGCCUCAAUGACAAUUAAUUCUUAUUUUUUCUUUAAAGAAAAAAAAAAUAACUUUUGUGAAUUUUUUUCUUACUUCAUGUGUCAGUCAAUACAUUUGUAUAAUUUCAUGCAAUCAUUCGGUAACAUUGUGGCUCUCGUGACGCGAUUUUUUUACACUUUACACGCGCUCAAAGUUGGAAGAAUAUUUCAUUUUAAGUCUUAUCAAUUUUUUUCCUCUCUUCUCGUUGAUAGUAGAAGAGAUGAUUGUAUUAUUGUCCUUGCGAUUUCGAUGACAGAUCGUGUGAUCUCUUAUUUCUUAUGUCAUUUGUACCAUUUAAUUGAAUUUAGAGCAUGAAACUCCUUUAAUCUACACUCAUAACUGCCAAGGUUUAAAUCCUUUCAAAAUAAUAUGAUUUUAAAUUUCAAAACCUUUUAGUUCCUAGUUAAAAUUUAAACUCACAAUAAACCGUUAAAAAGAAAAUACCAAAACAUUGUUCAUGCCACAAUAAUAAGUCGAUCUCAAAAAACAACUUACAAUUCAAAUGAAUUUUGUGUAGAAAUCAGUACUCAAAAAUUAAUGUAUCAUUGAGCCACGCAACUGUACAUUUUGGUGUGUGAAAUCAUUCAAAUGUAUUGUUUGAGAACAUGAAAGCAUGUCAUGUGAAAAAUGUGUUUAUUUUCUCGUAAGAAAACCAAUUUCAUAGUUACAAUUUUUUGGGUAUAUAAAUGAAAAUGCAAAUGUGGGGUUAGUUUUAAAGGAAAAAUGAAUAUUAAUUAAAUAUAGUGACAUUAAUUUUUUCUAAUGUCUCUUUAACCGGUGAUUUUUUAAUUAAAUUUCAAGAAGAACUAUACAAUAUUAUUAUUAUUACUAUUAUUAUUAUUUUAUUAUUUAACAAUGUAAAGAAAAUAUGCAAAAUGGGAUAAAUUUGCAUCAACCAGAAAUCAAUUACGAAUUAAGAGAAGAGAAAGAGAAAAGAAAUGAUAAAAAAUAUGAAAAAAAUUAGCAAAUCAAGAAAUGUCACAAGACAUGCUUGUAUUUUGACAAGUCUCACCUUUCAUGUGAAAAAUGGGACGUAAAAUAAAUUGUGUAUAAAAUUCCUUGUGAGUCUUAUAUGGAAAAAAAAAAACUUAAAAAAUUAUUACAUUUAAAUUCACUAAAUAAUUGUGUAAUUGUAUAAAUAAAUCAAAUAUUUUAUAUUCCUGUUCUUAAAGAGAUAAAAAUGAAACCUUUUGACAAAGAAAAUCAUCACAAAAGAAAAGAAAAUAUCACGAUGAUCAUUCACAAAUUCUUAUUUUGAAUUAAGGAACAUUUCUAAAGUUUAAAAAAAAUCGAAAACUUCCUUAAUUCGAAUUUACUCAUGAUGAUCUUCGUUCAAGUAAUUUUUUGUCACAUUAACGUAAAGUAUUUUAUACAAAAAACAGUAGAUGAUAUUGAAGGAUGCGAUGGGCAAAAAUUCUUUGGAUAUGAAUGAAAUUUUAAACUUUCGGCGAUCGUUUCAUACAUUUACUCACAAGGAGAGCAUUCGGAGAUUAGAUUUAUUAUUUGUUAAAAAUACCAAUUUAUGAAAUUUUUGAACGUGUUUGUCACAAUAAACUUUUAAGAUCAUAUUGCUCUUAAAAAUGUUCAAUAAUGAAGAAUUUAUGCUUUGUCAUGAGUGAAGAUUCAAUUUUUGGAUAGAUAUUCUUCUAUUCUUG